CGUGAUCAUCUCUCCCGAAGUAUGCACCAUGACCAAAGCCAGCAAUCAAACCAUGGCCGCGGCAACUACAUCCUCUUUGGGUCUGGCAGAGGAUAGCGUGGGGAAACAGAUAGUAGUCAAAGCGCAGUACCUUGUUCAGAGACCCGGGCAUCUUCCGCAACCUGCAACCGUUCUGGACAUACGGGCGAAUCGAAAGGGUGCCAGAGAUGUGUACAUAUCUUUCCCAGGGCAAGAUAAACGGCUGGAUAGCUGGAUACCCGAGAAUGAACUGGGACAGCUAGUGACCGAGGAUGCGGGGAAUACAGAUGACCACGGCAAACGGAACGGCGCUGCCGCGGGCACUCCGGAACGCAGCUUCAGCGAAGUCUCCGACAAUCCCAAAUUGCACGCUCCUUCACCUUCCAUCGAGUCAAGUCCGGAGCGAGAACAUGCCUCGCUGACACGGCUGCGAAACUAUGAGGAAGUGCGAUUCGGCGAGUAUUUAAUCAACACUUGGUACUACUCGCCGUAUCCAAUGAAUCAGACAGAAGCCCCGCCGGUACAUCACAAUCCCCCCGAAGUGCCGUCCUCUCGCAAGCGAAAGAUAUCUGAAACGAAUGGUACUUCUGAGCAUCAAGCUUCUUCGUCCAGACUGCCUGCCCAGUCUCAAUCUACGGCUGGGCCAUCCAAAACACAAGAAGGACUUGCUCAUCCUGAUAGGUCGCAAAUGAGCAGACUAGCGAGCGAUAUGUUUGCGGCAGGAGCGGAAAAAGGUGAAGGUGGGAAGAGACGCUUAUGGGUUUGUGAUCUGUGCUUCAAGUAUAUGAAGACUAGAGCAGCUUGGGAUCGGCAUUGCAGUUCAUGCACGAUGAUGGAACCGCCAGGAAGACGAGUGUAUAGAAGGGGAAGCUACACGAUAUGGGAAGUGGAUGGAGCAUUUGCACCGUUGUAUUGUCAGAACCUGUCGCUAUUUGGCAAGUUGUUCAUCGAUCACAAGUCAAUAUUCUUUCACGUCGAGAAUUUCCUCUUCUAUAUCAUAUGUGAUGCUGCGACGAGUCGCCGAGAACAGGCCAUGGCCUUCUUCUCGAAAGAAAAGGUCUCUUACGACGACUAUAAUCUAGCGUGCAUCGUUGCCUUCCCGCCAUUCCAGAAUCGCGGCUUCGGCAAGCUUCUCAUCGAAUUCAGCUACUACCUCACCAAACACCCCGCCACACGCUCCAAAUCCCUCUCUGCCGGGACCCCCGAAAGACCUCUCUCAGACCUCGGUUUGAAAGGCUACACAGCUUACUGGGUAUCUGUCAUUCUCCGCUUUUUGAAGUUGCUGGUGAAGGAUGCUGAGCCUGCGGCUGGUCAGUCGCCGGUGAAGCAGAGGGGGUCGCUUGCUGCUGGGGCGUCGCCUGUCAAGCCUGGAGCUCCCAAUAGUAGAAGUUUAAGGGCUAGGAAGGAGGCAGUGGACAAAGGGGAGACGAUCGUUGUCGGCGAUGUCGGUGAGUCUUUCGUGCACUUACGCAUAUUUAAUGCUGAUAUACUUGGAAGAUGUACUGAGGAUGCCGAUCCCAGGCCAUCCCGGCCAAUUCAACAUCGCGCUCGCUCUCUCCGACAUUGCCAAAACCUGCCAUCUCCGUAUCGACGACGUAGCCUUCACCCUCUCCGAACUCGGCUUCCUCCGCCAUCGCCGCGCUGCCACCAUCCCCAUGCGCGAACGUACGCGUCAUACACAUGAUAUACACGGAGAAGAAGGGCAAGGUGGAGAAGUGGAGGAGGAAAGAGUUGAAGAUGAGGAUUUGGGCGAGUGGAAGGGGACGGAGGUGGUUAUCAGUAAGGGUAUGGUGGAGGAAGCUUGGGGGAGAUGGAGAGUACGGGAGCAGGGGGUUCUGGAAGAGAGCUGUGUCUUGCUGUAGCAGGGCAUUUGAUGCACAGAACCUCCCAGUCG